AUCUACGUUUGUUAUUAUAUAAAUUGUAGUUACAAUGAGCAAGUGUGCUGUGAUUGGAUGUAAAUCAGAACACAAUCCUUUUAAUAGCGGUGUAACGUUUCAUCGUGUUACAAGAAACAAGAAAUAUUUGCCGCUAUGGGAAAGAGUCGUAAAAAUAAAAUCUAAAUCAGUACACGCCAAGAUAUGCAGCCUGCAUUUCAAGGAGAAGGAUUUUGUUGAAGGCAGAGGGAGCCGUGUCCUCAAACCGGGUGCUGUGCCGUCUAUAAAUAUUGUUGAAAAGGACAGUUCAACAGAUGACGAUGAUGACAAUGAAAAGUUGUCCUUGUUGAAGAGGGCUCUUGCAAGAAAUAAGGGAGUGUCUACCACUGAAGGUGCUGAGGAAAAAACUCAGUCAGGUUCUGAUGAAUAUGAUCACAAUCCCAAUUUACCUCAAACCUUCCAAAUGGUGGUGCCAUGCACAUGUUGCAAUUCAGUCCAGUCUUCCAACUCGCUCAUCCCAAAACAAACUAGCAACGUGGGAAUACAAACCAAAAUGAAAACAAGUAAGGAAGUAUCACUGCAAGCUAAAGUGAAACUCCUCGAGUUGAGACUCAGAAGGAGAGAUGCAAAAAUCAGCUACAUGCAAACAGUUUUAAACAUGAUCAAGAAACAUACUAAAGGUACAGAUAUGGAGUACAAGUUAUGUUGUGAACUGCAGAAUAUUUCCGAGUUUUCAGAGACAAUUGACAGUAAUCAUAAGGAGGAAAGAAAAAGUAAUCAAAGUAAAACUACAAACGGUAGAGUUGAAAGUGCUGUUAGCGAAGUAUCAAGUGGUGAUGAAGAUGGCUGCACGUUUUUUGAAGUGGUGCAUAGUCCUAAUCUAAAGACAUACAAUGGUUUUAGUUGAAAUCAGUUAAGUUACGAUUCUUAGAUUCUUUAGCA